CAUUUAUAAUGAGGGAGAUGCUCAUCAUUGACACUGAGAGCCCCAGAUCCAGCGGCUGAGAGUCCCAAAAUGUCUUCUGUUUUGGCUACAGGUUGGGAAAAGUUUGGCAUCAAUGCUUACACAUUAGCCUUGGUUUCCGUUUGCAUUAUCUAUCUGUAUCUGCUUCAUAAAAGAAAAGGAAAUUUGCCUCCAGGUCCUCAGGGUUUGCCAAUAUGGGGUAAUCUUCACCAGUUGGAUACCAAAGAUCUUGUCAAGUCACUGGAAGAUCUGAGCAAGAUGUAUGGGCCAGUCUUCACCAUCUAUCUAGGACCAAGGCCCAAUGUUGUCCUCUAUGGAUACAAAGCCGUUAAGGAGGCACUGGUGGAACAAGCUGACAAUUUUAGUGGAAGAGGAGAGUUUGAAGUGGUCCAUGGAUUUACCAAAGGCAAUGGACUUGUCUUCUCUAACGGGGAGAAAUGGAAAACCCUUCGUCGUUUUACUUUAACCACAUUGAGGAACUUUGGAAUGGGAAAAAGAGGAGUGGAGGAACGAAUAAAGGAGGAGGCCCAGUUUUUAAUGGAGGGGUUGAAGCAUACAAAGCAGACUCCCUUUGACCCAACUUUUUUCCUGAGCCGUGCAGUCUCCAAUGUCAUCUGUUCAAUUGUGUUCGGGGAACGGUUUGAUUAUGGAGACAAGAGAUUCCUGAUGCUUCUGAGUCUCAUAAAUGAAAAUUUUCAACUCUUGAGCUCUCAAUGGGGAACGUUCUACAACAUAUUCCCAGGGGUUAUGAAAUAUUUACCAGGACCACAUAAACGAAUUUUCCAAAAUUUUGAAAAAAUGAAAUUCUUUGUGCUGGACAUUUUAAAGAGCCACAAAGAAACAUUUCAGCAAGACUGUCCCAGAGACCUUAUGGACUGCUUUCUUGUAGAGAUGCAGAAAGAGAGUGGGAAACCGCUGAGUCACUUCAACAUUGAAACGUUGGUUAUGACCACCCUUACUUUGUUCUUUGGGGGAACAGAGACUGUCAGCACCACUCUGAGAUACGGAAUUCUUAUACUAAUGAAAUACCCAGAUGUUACAGAGAAAAUUCAAGAGGAAAUUCACAGAGUUAUUGGAAAGAACCGCUUUCCAACAGUGGAUGAUCGCAGCAGGAUGCCUUAUACUGAUGCUGUCAUACAUGAGAUUCAGCGUUUCACCAGCAUCAUCCCUUUGAGCCUUCCACAUGCAGUCACACAGGAUACCUAUUUUAGGGGCUACAAGCUUCCCAAGGGAACAAACGUUAUCCCAGUCCUUACUUCCGUGCACACAGACCCUACAAAGUAUAAAGAACCACAAAGAUUUGACCCCCACAAUUUUCUGGAUGAGAACAAUCAGUUUAAGAGCAAUGAGGCUUUCAUGCCAUUCUCCUCAGGAAAACGUAUAUGUGUUGGGGAGAGCUUGGCUCGCAUGGAGCUUUUCAUAUUUUUUUCAACCUUACUCCAAAAUUUUACUUUCCAGCCCACUCAGCAACCCGAACUUAUUGAUCUUAAACCAACAAUAAGUGGAGUGGGUAAUGUCCCAACUCCUUAUCAGCUCUGUGCAAUUCCUCGCUAGCCUAUUACUAUAUGCUGCCAUGAAUGGAAGUGAUAGAU